AAGAUAAGCCAGAAGAGCCUGAUGAGUCAUCAAGUCUAUCUGAAAAGAAAUCUCAUGCUCAGUGGGUCAAAUCCAACAAGCUUGUCAUGCUGAUCAUUAGAGCAUCGGUGGACCAGACUCUUCGUGGAAGGAUUCCGGCUUGCGAAACUGCUAAAGAGUUGAUUGAGACCAUCAAGAAGCAGUUUGAAGGAUCCGUUAGAGCGAGACAGCAAAGUUAUCUGGUCAAACUCAUUAAUUUGAAAUAUGAUAGAAGUGGUGAUGUUCGUCAGCACAUUUUGAAGGUCUCUCAGUUGAUCAUUCGUCAAGGAGUUGGCACUUCAAUUAGAGGAUGAUCUGAUGGUUCAUUUUGUAGUUGCUUCUCUACCAAGCAAAUUUGAUAUUUUUAAGGUGAACUACAGUUCUCAAGAUAGGAAAUAGGACUUGAAUGAGCUUAUUGCUCUAUGUGUUGCUAAGAAAGAACGGCCAAAAAUAGGAAAAGCUGAGAUGACAAAUCUGGCACGUGGCAAGCUUGGACCAAAUAAGGUAGGAAAAAAAUCCUUCAAGAAUCAAGGGCACAAUAAGGGGAAGAAGUCUUUUGACAAAUUUUCCACUGUUUCUAGCACUUCUUUAGCAAGAGAAAAUGUUGAAUGUUUCUUCUACAAGAAACCUGGUCAUAUGAAGAGAGACUGUCUGAACUAUAAGCAGUGGCUGAAGAAGAAGGGAGGGAAUAAUCCACAGUCGGAAGGCAAGGGAAAAUCAGCAGCUUUUUUUGAGAAACUCACAGCCUUUGGAGGUGAAGCUCGUUGGGACUUUCAGUCUGCGCUUGGAUUCUGCAGUUUCCUUAGUUUUAUCAGACACUUUCCAUGUACCUUCUAUAAGAAGGAAUCUUAUUUCAGUUUCUAGACUUUCUGGAUCUGGUUAUAGCUUUGUUUUUUAGAACAAUUAUGUUUUAUCAGAAAAGGUUUGGAUAUUAUCGAACAUGGUUUCUUAA